AAAUUACAUUUAUCAUGGGAGGAGUUCAAAAUAAGAGAUAGUGUGAAUGCAUUAAUUUCUCCAAAUCCCCACAAAAACUCCCAUAUGUUUCCUUCUUUUCAACAUCUCUAAACCAUAAUCUUAACCCUAAUCUUCAUUCUUCACCAAACUACCAUUCACUCUCUCAUCUUUCAUCAUUCCCUUUUCAAUAUUUCAUUUUCAGAUCUCCCCAUCACUUCAAAAUCCUCAAUUUCUCAUCAAAUUUUGCACCUUUUCACUUUAAUUACUCCCAAUUUCCCAUUUCAUUUCGUGAAAUGCAUUGAAUUUUAUAUUAAACAACGUAAAUAACAAAAAAAAAAAGUAUCAAUUUUUAAGAAUAACAUUUAUUGGGUAUGCUUUGAUUAUUUUGGUAGUGGAUUAUUGAUUCAAUUUAGUAAGUUUUCAUGGCAAUGCCAAUGGGAAAUGCAGUUGCACCGGAGAUUAUGCAUUUUCCGGCAGUGGUUACCGGCGGUGAGAUGCAGUACCGUCCACAACAACAACAACAAUGGUUUGUUGAUGAGAGGGAUGAGUUUAUGAUUUGGCUUAGAAGCGAAUUCGCAGCUGCGAAUGCUAUUAUUGAUUGUUUGUGUCACCAUUUGUGUGUUGUUGAUGAGGGUAGUGAGUAUGAUGUUGUUAUUGGUGCAAUUCAACAGAGGAGAUGUAAUUGGAAUCAAGUGCUGCUUAUGCAGCAAUACUAUUCGGUUUCCGAGGUUUCCUAUGCGCUGCAGCAGGUGGCGUGGAGGCGGCAACAAAGGGUGGUAAAGCCGGUUGUUAAGGAGUUUAGGAAGGUUAGGCAAUGGCAGAGGUUUGAGGGUGCUAAUGUUAAGGAAGGUUGUAAUUCUAGUGUAGAAUUGAAUGGUAACAAAGCAAAUUUAUCGGUUAAAGAGACUCCAGUAAUUGACAAGAUUGGAGAACUUAAAUCUGAGGGCAAGGUUGGAACCAAGGAUGAUAAGAGUUCAGAUAUUGGUGAGGAGAAGAAAGAUACUAUAACAAAUCAUCAAUCUGGUAACAUUUUGAAGAGAUCUGGCAAUUCUCAAGGAUCUCUUUCCAGCUCAGAAUGUGAAGCUGUAGGUGUAAAUGAAGGAAUUACAUCAAACUCUAGAGAAAAUGAUUCACAUUCUAUGCAAAACCAAAAUCAGAAAGAGAAUAAUUCUACCAUGGGGAAAGCUUUUAUUGGUAAUGAGAUCGUUGAUGGAAAGAUGGUGAAUGUAGUUGAUGGACUGAAGUUGCAUGAAGAUUUAUUUGAUAGUACUGAAGUUUCAAAACUUGUUUCAUUGGUCAAUGAUAUGAGGAUUGCUGGAAAAAAAGGACAAUUUCAAGGAAAUCAGACAUAUGUGGUUUCUAAAAGGCCGAUGAGAGGGCAUGGGAGGGAGAUGAUUCAGCUGGGUCUUCCCAUUGUCGAUGCUCCACAGGAUGAGGACAAUAUGACAGCAUCAACAAAAGGAAAGAAAAUAGAACCUAUACCUUCCUUGUUUCAAGAUAUUAUUGAGCGCAUGGCAACGUCACAAGUGAUGACUGUGAAGCCCGAUGCUUGCAUUGUCGAUUUCUAUAAUGAGGGCGAUCACUCAACGCCCAACAGUUGGCCGUCUUGGUUUGGAAGACCUGUUUAUAUGCUUUUCCUGACUGAAUGCGACAUGACUUUUGGGACAACAAUUGUCUCAGACAACCCUGGGGAUUAUAGAGGCACUCUCAAGCUUUCUCUUGUACCUGGGUCCCUUCUAGUGAUGCAAGGGAAAUCAACUGAUUGUGCUAAAUAUGCUAUUCCUUCGAUUCCCAAACAACGCAUACUUGUUACUUUCGCAAAGUCCCAACCAAAAAAAUCCCUGCCAAUCGAUGCUCAACGUCUUGCUUCGCCUGCAACAUCACAUUCAUCAGCCGCAUCGAGUAGAAAUCCAAAUCAUCAUAAGUUAGUUCCCAAGCAUUAUUCCACAGUUCAAGUAACCGGCAUACCGCCAGCUCCCUCCCUUCGUGCACCUCCAAACAGCAUGCAACCGUUGUUUGUGCCUGCUCUAGUAGCACCUCCCAUGCAACUUUCUACACCUAUGUUGAUCCCGCCUGGUUCUACAGGAUGGACCACUCCUCCAAGGCACCCUCCUCCUCGAGUCCCCGGUCCUGGAACGGGUGUCUUCCUCCCUCCACCUGGCUCAGCUAAUUCAUCUUUGCACUUGCAAGGUACCUUAACUAAUGUUGGAACUCUAACCACGCCGAUAAAGGAAAAUCGGAAAUCAAAUCACAGCAAUACUAGUGGUUCACCAAAAGGUAAAAUGGAUGGAAAUAUGCAAAGACUAGAAUGCAAUGAAAAUGCAGAUGGAACUGAAGUUGAAAAAGCUAUAGAGGAAGAAGGGGUAAGCAAUGGAGAAACUGUUGCAAGCCAUUGAGAGAUUAGAGAGAAGGAAGGCUUAUCAAAGAAAAGUGAUAGGCUGAGAACUUAAUUUGAGUUUGAAGCAAAUGUAAAACAUUAAUGUUGUUCUCUUCAAAAUCCUUCCUUUCUUUCUUUGCUCAAAUCCUUCCUUUUGUUGUCUUACUAUAUUAAUUUAUAUAGUAACAUAAACCUCAUUCUUAAUUCAGAUUUAGAUUUUUCUAUCAUUGAA